AUGAGAAGAAACGUGAAGCUGGUUUCCACGUAUGCCAUGGCUAACGGAUUUGAUUACUUUGCUGGCGGAUAUAUGUUCUCGACUGCUGAGCCAGCCGGGUCCGUGCACUCGUUUGAUUCGAACGCCACUCAUGGCUCCAACUUUGAAGAAUUGUUUGAGGACGACCUUCCGCCGUUGGCUGUUCUCAACCGUCAUUACGAUGUACUCGAAGAACUCAUGAUGGUCAUGAGAGCUCGCGGUAAGGCGGACUUGCAAAAGGAGGCCAAGCAUGCUCAUGAAUCUCAUCUUGCGAAGAAUUUGACCCUGUUCGGGGAGGUCACACCUUCCGCGAAGGUUACCGAGAAGCCUUCGGGAAUGGAAAGCUUCUUCCAUCAAAAGCCCCAUGUUGGAUUUGAAUUCGGACAGAAAGGUCCGAUUACUUUCACCGCUGGGAAGUAG